CUUCUGUCAACAGCAAGGCCGCUUUUCCGGCCUUGGACUACAUUUCCCUUAAGGCUUUGCUGGUUGACACUCAAUCGCUCUCUGUCUCUCCCACGCGAAGUUGGCUGCCUCUUCCCGUGAUUAUGGGGCUCUCCAAGUGAGUACUUGCCUUGGAGGAAAAUCAGCUCAAGCCUGGUGGGAGGUUUGGAGCGAGGACUCCGUCUUUGAAGCCUCCCGGGCGCAGUUUCAGACGGGCCAAACUCAGACUCUGAGGUACAAGGACGCCAUCUUGUCCGUGCCUGGUGUGGCUCUGGACUACGUUUCCCAGAGUCCACAGCGGCCCAACGUUACGUCUCUCUUGACGUCGUGGCGAGAUUGUGAGCUCUGCAGGGACCCGGACGCGACCAAGGGGAGGCAGAAGGACUCUGCAGUUGUCUGAGAGAAGAAUCUAGAGAAAUCGGAACAGCUCAGGGAGUUCUAAAAGCCAUGGCACAAGGAUUGGUGACCUUCAGGGAUGUGGCCAUAGAGUUCUCUCAGGAAGAAUGGAAGUGCCUGGAACCUGCCCAGAGAGACUUGUACAGGGAUGUGACUUUGGAGAACUUCAGUAACUUGGUCUCACUGGGACUUUCCAUUGCUAAGCCUGAUGUCGUUUCCUUAUUGGAGCAAGGGAAGGAACCCUGGACAAUUGCAAAUGAUAUGCCAGGAGCAUGGUGCCCAGACUUGGAGUCCAGGUGUGAGAAAUUUCCACAAAAAGACCUUUUUGAAAUAGAGUCAUUCAGUUGGGGGCUCAUGGAAAGCCUUAGAUGCUGUGGUUUUGAGGGCUCCAGUUUUAGAGAUGACUGGGAAUGCAAUGGCCAAUUUGAAAGACAACAGGUAAAUCCAGAGUGCUGUUUCAAGCAAGUGGAAAUUGCGUAUGAAAACAUGCCCACUUUUGAGCAUUAUACAUCCCUUACUCUACAUCAGAGCAGUCAGACUGGCGAGAAACUGAUUGAAUGUAGUGAAUGUGGAAAAGCGUUUAGCUGUGGCUCACACCUUAUUCAACAUCAGAAAAUUCACACUGGUGAAAAACCCUUUGAAUGUAAGGAAUGUGGGAAGGCCUUUAGUCGUGCCUCACACCUUGUUCAACAUGGGAGAAUUCAUACGGGAGAGAAACCUUAUGCCUGUAAGGAAUGUGGGAAGGCCUUUGGUCGUGGUUCAGAACUUAUUCUGCAUCAGAGACUUCAUACUGGUGUCAAACCCUAUGAAUGUAAAGAAUGUGGGAAGACCUUUAGACAGCAUUCACAGCUUAUUCUGCAUCAAAGAACUCAUACAGGUGAGAAGCCCUAUGUAUGUAAAGAUUGCGGGAAAGCUUUUAUUCGUGGCUCACAACUUACUGUUCAUCGGAGAAUUCAUACGGGUGCUCGACCCUAUCAGUGUAAGGACUGUGGGAAAGCCUUUAGACAGCACUCACAACUUACCGUACAUCAAAGAAUUCACACUGGUGAGAAACCCUAUGAAUGUAAGGAGUGUGGAAAGGGCUUUAUUCAUAGCUCAGAAGUUACUCGACAUCAAAGAAUUCAUUCUGGGGAGAAACCCUAUGAAUGUAAGGAAUGUGGGAAGGCCUUUAGGCAGCAUGCACAGCUUACUCGACAUCAAAGAGUUCAUACUGGUGACAGACCCUAUGAAUGUAAGGACUGUGGGAAGGCCUUUAGUCGUAGUUCAUACCUUAUCCAACAUCAAAGAAUUCACACUGGUGACAAACCCUACGAAUGUAAGGAAUGCGGGAAAGCCUUUAUUCGUGUUUCACAACUGACUCAUCAUCAGCGAAUUCAUACUUGUGAGAAACCCUAUCAGUGUAGGGAAUGUGGAAUGGCCUUUAUCCGUAGUUCACAACUUACUGAACAUCAGAGAAUUCAUCCUGGUAUCAAACCUUAUGAAUGUAGAGAAUGUGGGCAGGCCUUUAUUCUUGGCUCACAGCUCAUUGAACACUACAGAAUCCAUACUGGUUAGAAUGCCUUGAACGUUAGGGAUGUAGGCAAGCCUUUAUGUGAAGUUCACAUCUGACUCAAUAUUAGGUAAUGUGUAAUGUAAUGUAAUUAAUGUCAGAAAUUCUUCAUUUGUCACUUCCAUUAUGGAACAUCAGACACCUUGUACCAGAAGAAAAUUCAAUAAAUGUGGGAUUCUUUUUGCCUCACACUCACUGUUUACUAAGCAUCAAAGAACUUAUGCUGAAAAAGAUAUUAAUAUGAAUGUAAAAAGUCUUCUAUUACCAUUCAAAAUGUAUUAAACUUCUGAGAAUUUCUAAUAGAAAAUGACCCUAUUGAAGUAUUUUGUGAAUGUGCCUUUUGCCAUGGCAUACACCUUACUUAACAUUAACUCAGUUCCACCAGUUACUGACUGAAUAGCAUUGGGCAAAUUAUGCAGUCUCUCUGUUCUUCAGUUUACUUAUUUUUAAGCAGUGAUAAAUAUACCUACCUAAUAGAGUUUUUUUGAGGACUAUCAGAUAUUUUAUACAAAGCCUAUGCUCAAUAAAUGUUAGUUAUUGUCAUUAAUUAUAACAGUAUUACUGUUGAGUUCAUUUGAGAGGAGGGCCUUAUGAAUGUAACAAAUUUCAAAAAGGCUUCAUAACCACUUGUUAUGGUAAUUCAUUCUGAAAAACAGUAGUAAAGUAUAAUUAUCAUGAGAAGGCCUUCAUU